AACUCAAACAAAUUAAUAAUGCAUUGUUUGGGCCUAUACAGGAUAAUUAUGCUGCUCUUUACUAUACAAACACAUUUUAAUCUAAUGACAAAUAAAAGAAAUUAGAUGUCGUUAAUUCACCUCCUGUUUAUUUGCAUACACGUGUGCAACCAUAUUCUUAAUUGUGAAACGACUGCUAUUGAUAGUCAGUCAAUCACUUGAACAUCCAUUUGCUUGAAAACAAAUCUGAAAACCUGUUGUACUGAGCAGCAAGAUAUGAAAAAGACUAAGGUUAGGUGGCAGCGAGGCAUGUUGUGCAAUCAGCUGGUUAGGGCUCAGGUUAAAUAAGUCAGGUAAUAAAGAAACACAUCACCCAGGUGACUCAGUGAUGUGUUUUUAAUAGUUUGUUGUCCAACAGUGGAGCUCUGCAUGACAGAAAAAUCUCUCAGGCUACACAAACAAUAUUUGCUGGUAGACUCAUUCAGUUUUUGGUUUGUGUUUUUUUAGAGGAUAGAUUUAUCUUUUACACAAAGAGUAUUCCUUGAAGUGAAUAAUCAAAUAAUAAUGAAAAACACACACAUACACACACACACAUUACAAGACAGGGUUUAUGGAUAGUAUGCUGUUCAGAUUGUAAAGCCCUUUGUGGCCAGUGUGGGGAAAUUUGAUUUGACAUGACUACAAUAAGGUGAUUCCUCCUUUGUAUUAAUCUUGCAUUUGCCCUCUCCAGCUCCAGGAUGUUCCAGCUGCUCCAGGGUCACAUUCAGUCAGCUGGACAUCGAAGCCGCAAAACUCGUCUGGUCACCAAAGACGGGCGUUGCAACAUUGAGUUCGGCAACAUUGAGUACAGUAACCACUUUGCGUAUUUGGUGGACUUCUGGACCACCUUUGUGGAGAUCCGCUGGCGCUUUGUGCUCCUCUUGUUUGUAGCUUCGUUCACAGGCAGCUGGUUCAUUUUCAGCCUGCUUUGGUACUGGAUCGCAAAGAGCAAUGGGGAUCUGAUGGGACAAAAUCGUACCGAUGGACACAUCCAGUGUGUAGACAAUGUUAAUGGGCUCACAACAGCCUUCCUCUACUCCUUGGAGACCCAGACAACCAUUGGGUACGGUGGGAGGGCUCUGACUGGGCACUGUGCUGGCACUGUGGCUCUAAUUAUCAUCCAGUCUCUAAUCGGCGUCUUCAUCAAUUGUUUCAUGUGUGGUGUCAUCCUGGCCAAGAUCUCCUUGCCCAAAAAAAGAGCAAAGACUGUCACCUUCAGCGACAAAGCUGUCAUCUGCUUGAAGAAAGGAAGUCUGUGUCUCCUCAUCAGAGUGGCCAACCUUCGAAAGACCUUAUUAAUCGGCAGUCAGAUCUACGGCAAGCUGCUCAGGACAACAGUCACACCGGAUGGAGAGACCAUCAUCCUGGACCAGGUGGACAUUGACUUUAUGGUUGAUGCUGGCAAGGAUAACUUGUUUUUUGUUUGCCCUCUGACCCUCUACCAUGUGAUUAACAGAUCAAGCCCGUUCUACGAGCUGUCAGCUGACUCUCUACCCCAGCAGGACUUUGAGCUAGUGGUCUUUUUGGAUGGGACGGCCGAGUCCACCAGCUCGGCCUGUCAGGUCCGGACCUCCUACAUCCCACAGGAGAUUCAGUGGGGAUACAGUUUCCUGCCCAUCAUCUCCCGCACCAAGACGGGAAAAUACCACGUGGAUUUCUCAAACUUUUCCAAAAGCGUUCGGGUUACCACACCACACUGUAUCCACUGCUUCGAGACAGACUCAGACCAGAGAAACCACAACAGCCACAACCAAGAAAAUCACAAUAACCAGAAGAAGACGGGGAUUGACAACCUGGGGUUCCAGGUGAUUGACAUUCAUGAUUCUGUGGACAUCACUAAAAUGUGAGCAGGUAAGAAAGCAGCUUGAUCUCAGACUGAGAGUGGCGCAUAGUAGCACAGGAUGUGGGGAAAUACAAAGCAAUGUGUUUGCCACUUCCUUUGAAGCAAGGUUUCACUGUCAGAAUGAAGAAGAAAAGAAGUCGCUGGCCAGGCUGCUCCCUCCACCGAACAUUUGAUUUAAUCACCAACUAUUUUGCUUCAAACUGCUGAAACAUUAAAAGUUAUGAAAUUGUGUGGAUAAAAAUUCAGACGUAAGUGCGAUUUAAGCUCUUGCUCAGCAGCUCAUUACAAUCAAAGCACUUUUGGGACUUGUGACUUUGUCUAGGUAUUGUGUGGAAGAGGGAGAAAGAGGGAUUGAAGUUUUGAUGUAUGGAAAAUGAAAGGGGUAAUAUAGUGGAUGGCACAGUGGGUACUUCUUGAGGAGAUUAGGGCCUGAGCCUUUUAUAAUUGAAAAAGAAAUGUGUUAUAUAGGCUGGGGAAGGAUACGAAAAUUGGGACAGGCCUUUUGAGUUUUCUCAUUAUUCCUACUAAAAUACUAACUGUGUGCUGUUUUUGUCAUGUUGACACAGCUUGUUUGCCUUGAUAAUUAGGAAACUGUGAACAUAGCUGCUAAAUGCAAUGAUUUUUAAUUGCGUGACCAGUCUACUGUUUGUAGAUCAUACUGUGUACUGAAACUUCUUCUCAGGGAAAGUAACAUCUUUAGUUCGAAUAAACCUUUUCUCACAAUUCACGGACUUAUUGUUCAGUUUUUAUGUCUUUUGAUGUCAUUGAAUAUCAGCAUUAUCAUUAUGUCAACAAUUAAUCAACCAUCUUGAAUUUCCCUCAGGAUCAAUAAAGUAUCUAUCUAUCUAUCCAUCUAUCUAUCUAAUUAACCACUAAGUGGUGCAAUAUGUAAGUACAUUUAUUUAAGUGAUGUAUUUGAGUACAUGUACUCAAUGUACUCUUACUUCCAGUAUGGUCUUUUCUUUUUAUUUUACUUUA